GGCCCCGCCGCGGCCCCGCUCCCCCGCGCGGGGCGUCCCGGGGGCGAGCCGGGACCGGCGCUCGGGGACCCGCGGUGGAAGGUCUCGUGCCGGCCCCGCAGCGAGGCUCGCUCCGUGCGCCCGCAGCCCCCGGGUCUCGUUCGACCCCUUAUCUGAUGCCUUUGCAAGCGUCGCCUGCUGAGUCAGGCCGAACCGGGCACGGGGAUCAGCUCUGCCCCCUCCCCGACCUUCCCAGCCAUUGGCUCCGGAGCGGGUGGAACGGGCUGGGACGGGCCCACGGUGCGGAUAUAUCCCGAGGGGCCGCCGCUGCCCCGGCCCGCGGUGGUCCCGGCAGCCGGAGGAUGCCCGCCCGGGUGCGAGCGCAGCUGCUCAGCUGCCUCCUGCUCUCCCUGCUCCGGCAGGGGCGCGGGGACCCGGCGCGCAGAGACCUCGCGGACGAAGGUCACUACCUCUAUCUGGAUGAGGACGGACCGCUGGAGGUGCUGGCGGGGCCGGCUCGCUGCCAGGACACCUACCGGGACUGGAUCUCCCUGUACUGCUGGGCCCCCUUCCACGCCGCCCUCGCAGCCACCCCUGAGGAGAAACGGUGCUGCUGGGACCACAUCGGCAGCAUCUACAGUGAGCUCUCCAACUGCACGGAGCUGCUGGCGGAGGUGCUGGCCUGCCCCUGGCCCAGCUCCACGCUGGAUGCCUUCUUCCUGCAGAUCCACGCGGAGUAUUUCAGCGGCUGUGCUGGGGCAGGGCCCCCCGUGCUGGGUGGGCUGCCGCCGGGGCUGGCCACAGCGCUGGCCGUGGGGCUCGGCUGCCUGGUGCCCCUCGCCGUGGCCCUCACGCUCAGCAGAGCCGACAAAGCGGCGCCAAAGCCGCCGGGCAGCAGCCCUGCGCCGCCCCGCGCCGAGCAGAGCGCGAGCCUCCUCCGCGACGGCUCCGGGACCGCCGCGGCGGGGGCCGACGGGGGCCGGCAGUGA